UAUUCAAUUUGAUGCAAAACUAAAUUUCCAAAGUAUCGAUCGUAUCUCAAAAUCCAAAAAAAAAGAUGAUACUGUCACAAUAAAUGAUGUCAACCCAUUUCAUUAUAACAUCUCUUAACAAUAUAGAACAAUUGUUCCUUAAUUACAUAUAUCAAUUGAUGGUUAUACUAUGAGUAACGACGUGUCAGUAUCUCUGGAAUUAGAGAUACGGCAACAGGAAGAAGUAGCCAGUGUUAUUUCAAUUUAUGGAGACAUCAUCAAAGAUAUAACUCCUACUAAAUUGAUCUGGAAUAAAAAGGCAAGUCCUCAUUUCCAAGCAUUCUUAGAAUCAUGUGAGAAUGAAGAUCGUCCAACGUUGUCCCUUAUAUUAGACAUUGAGUUCACUCCUACAUAUCCCCUAUCGCCUGCUAAAAUCAAAAUAUUACUGCCAAAGGGAUUACUUAAAGCAAGAGUGCUGCAAAUAGAACAAAAAGUUAAAGAUUUAAUCAAACAAUUCCCUGAAGAAGAGAUCUCAUUCACUGUCAUAUCUGAGGUUAAGAUAUUGUUAGAUGAGUUCCAACUGACAACUGAGAAAGUAUUGUCCUUAGAAGAAGAAAGAGAGUUACGUUUAAAGAAUGAGCGACUAGCUAUGGAGAAGGAGGAGGAGCGUAAGAGUCAUCAAAGAGAACUUGCGAAAAAGAAACAAGAUGAAGAAUUGAACAAGCAAAUCUUAAAGAUAAGAGAUGAAUAUGAUGAAGAUAGUGUUAAUGAGGUUGAUUUCACAUUGAAUGAUGCUGAGUUGAUACCAAAAGAUCCAAGUCAGUACUUUAUCUUUGAAAAUCCUAUUGUUGAUGAAUUACCUAAGUCAAGAAUAAAAGUCAAAUUCAGAGCAAUCCUGGGUUUUAUCAAAUAUUUCAAAAGAGAUUUAUUAUCUGGAUUAGGUCGUCAAUACAUUGUGAAACCUUACUUACCUCCUUUAUUACAAGAUACCCUUGAUCAACGAGAUAUUGAAUUAUCAUAUUUAUUGACAGAGAUAGAUUUUAUCAAUUCGCACUGGCAUACAGAAGCAGGAAAGAGAGAGAUCCAAGAUCUUGAAAGAGAACUUCAAAUGGUAAUUGGUCUUAAGAAUGAUAACAUUGUCAAAUUACUUGGUUUCCAAGUUGAUAAAGUCGAAGGAGUUAAUGGUAGUUGGAAAGUAAGAUUAUUAAAUGAAUUCUCAUCAACUUCUGAAUCAAUUGAUGAAGUAUUACGUACGGCAGAGUUCAUAAGUUGGCCAUUAUCUCGGGCUUGGUUGAUUCAAUUACUUCCAACACUUGAGUAUUUACAUAACUCAGGUUUUAUUCAUAAAUUGAUAUGUCCAUCAACAGUUUUCAUUUAUCAGUCAAAUAAUUUUUACAUUGGAGAUUCUGCAAACAGUGAUUCUGAAAGUGCAAAUUCUAGUUCAAGUAAGAUUUUAAAAUUAGGACAUCCUUCUUAUGGUUACAAAUUAUUGAAAAUGUUAGAAAAGCAUAAGAAUAUAAACGCGUCUUCAAAGGCUUCAUUCUACUCCAAUUACAUACCCGAUAACUGGAUGGCUCCUGAGUUAAAAGCAAAUCAUGCACACACCCAGAAGACUGAUGUUUGGGAUUUAGGUGUUUUGUUCAUCCGUAUUAUGAUUAAUUAUAAUGCUGUGAGAUCUAUAUUCACAUCUCCUGAAGAAUUCACUAACAAAUUCCGCCUGCUGGAGUAUGCAGGUGAAGAGCCAUAUUCGAGUCUUGUGUACGAUUUACUUUCAAAGAUGUUACAAUCUAAGAUUUCUAGACGCUCCACUCCAUUGGAAUUAAAUGCAGUUAAGUUUUUGAGAGAUGGUCCAAUGUUAGUGAACCAACAUAUAGGUAUGAGACAUCAGCUUGCUGUUGGUGAUAAUUCUGUACAUAAACCAAGCAAUGUUCAUAGUCUUCGUGUCCCUGAUACUGCAAGACAAGAUAAAUUAGGAUUAAGCAGACAUGCAAAGGAUUUGACUUCUCAAAUGUCCGUUCGUAAGACAAGUUUGGCCCCAAAUUAUGUUGGUGAAAGUGAUAACUUGAUGGCAGGAAACCAAAGAAACUUGGGAAGAUAUGAAAGGGAUUUUGAAGAAAUAGGAAGAUUAGGAAAAGGAGGUUUCGGUGAAGUGGUAAAAGCUAGAAGUCGUAUGGAAGGUACGUUCUAUGCAAUUAAAAAAAUCAAACAUCGGUCUGAUAAGUUAGACUCAUUAUUAAGUGAAGUUCUUUCCUUGGCUAGGCUCAACCAUCAGUAUAUUGUCCGUUAUUAUGGUACUUGGGUGGAAGAAGUUCCUGAACAAAUUCAACAACAAGUAGAAUCUGAAGAGGAGACUGAGACAGAAACUGGUACCGAAAAUGAUGAUGCAUUUGGAAGCCCAAUACAAGCUAGGUCUUCUUCAUUUUUGGUUAGUCAUGAUAACUCUUUCCAAGUAGACUUCAUGUCUAACUCAUUUGAUCCACGUAUUGAAUUCGAUGAUAGUAGUGAAGAAGAGGAUGAUUUGGAUGAUAUUUUAGAAUUUGCUAACUCGACUAGUGAUCAGGAUGGAUUAACUGAAAAGGCUGAAUCAAUAGCUGAGACCAAAUCUGAAGAUGAAUCUGAUAAUCAUUAUGAAAAGGCAGUUUCUCCAAAGCCAUUACCAGUACAGAAAUCCAUUUUAUAUAUUCAGAUGGAGUUCUGUGAAAAUAAUACAUUGCUGAACUUGAUUGAACAAGGCUUACCAGGUAAUUCCAGCGAGUAUUGGAGGUUAUUCAGGCAAUUGUUAGAAGCAGUUCUGUAUAUUCAUGGAGAAGGAUUUAUUCAUAGAGAUUUAAAACCUAUAAAUAUUUUCAUAGAUAAAGCCAACAAUGUUAAAGUUGGUGACUUUGGUCUUGCAAAGAAUUCACAAUUCACUUCAGUUAUUCUGCAAAAUAAUCAAGUUUCAUCUAGUGCUAAUAAGGAAUUAUCUACAAUUGUUGGUACUUUGUUCUAUACUGCUAAUGAAGUAUCCACAGGUUCAUAUGAUGAGAAGGUUGAUAUGUAUUCAUUGGGUAUUAUAUUUUUCGAGAUGUGUUACUCCUUGGCAACAGGGAUGGAACGUGCAAGAACCUUGAAUGAUUUAAGAUUGAAAUCAAUGGAAUUCCCUUCUAAUUUCACGGAAUCAAAGUAUAAAACAGAGAAAAAGAUUAUUACAUCGUUAUUGGAUCAUGAUCCAAAGAAACGUCCUGGGGCAUUGGAGUUAUUGCAAAGUGGUUGGUUACCUGUAGAACAUCAAGAUCAAGUGAUUAAAGAAGCUUUGAAAUCGUUGGCUGAUCCAGCGUCUCCUUGGCAACAACAAGUCAGAGAAGCUCUUUUCACUCAACCGUAUCUGUUGGCUAAGGAUCUAAUGUUUGAUAUCAAUCAAAAUAAAAAUUCAAACUUAAAUCAUCUUGAUCCAUCUAGUAAGGAUUAUUUAUUAUUCAGUCGGAUUCUUCUGGAAGUUUUCCGAAUUUUUAACAAUCACGGUGCUAUUGAAGAUUUUAAUUCCAAUAUUUUACUUCCAAAAGCACCAGCCCAAUACCGAGAAUCAGUGUAUGAAGUAUUAGAUAGGAGUGGUUCAGUGUUGACUUUACCUUAUGAUUUAACAUUACCAACUGCUAGAUUUCUAAGUAGAUCCAAUGUGACAUUGUCGAAGUUAUAUAGACAUGAGUUUGUGUACAGACCUAAUUUAAGAGGAUCAGGUAUUCCUAAUAAGUACAGUUCCAUUACCUUUGAUAUUGUGGGGCAUGAUGUAUCUCAUAAGCCAUUAAGUGAUGCCGAGUGUCUUAAGGCAGUUGAUGAGAUCAUUCAAGCAUUACCUUGCUUCAAGAUCAAGAAUUCAUCUGCUGUAAUCAUUAUCAAUCAUUUUGCUAUUUUAGAUGCUGUAUUAUCAUUUUCCUUUGAAAAUUAUGGCGUUGAUGAAAAUAAACGACAUGAGAUAUUUGGGGUGUUAUCGCAAUUGAAUAUUGAUAAGAGUCCUGAAGAAGUUAAACGAUACCUUCGAGAAGAAUUCAAGGUUCCUCAUACAGUUACAAAGGAUUUAAUUGAUCAAUUUGAUUUCACAGUUGAUGUUGAAAAGGCCACUCAUAAAUUUCAAAAAUUGAUGGUUGAUUCAACUUAUUUACUUCGAAUUGAACGUGCUUUGGCAUAUAUUUAUCGAGUUAAGGACAUAUUAAAGACAUUAGGAAUUCAUACUCCGAUUUAUUUGAGUCCUUUAAGUAAUUAUAAUAGUAAAUAUUAUAGUCAUGGAAUUAUGUUUCAAGCAUUGUUUAGGGUUGAUAAAAAUCGUCGACUUACUAGAAUUGCUACAGGAGGAAGAUAUGAUGCAUUAAUCAGUUCAUUUUCAAAUAAAGAUGUAACUAAAUCGAUCACACCUUAUGGUGUUGGAUUUUCGUUGAAUUCAACAUUCAUUUUCUUAUUGAUGAAGAAUAUGUUGAAUCGAAAGAUGAAAGUAGUAGAUGUUGAUUUGGAUCGUUGGAAAGGUAGGAGGUGUGAUGUAUUAGUCACAUGUUUAGACGAUGCUCAAUUGAUACAAUCAACUUAUCUAAUUGCUCAAGACUUAUGGGCCCAUAACAUUAGUUGUGAUAUCGUAUUAUCAGAUCCUCAAGAAGAUACAGUAUCGCAGGCUCGAGCUGAUGGUGCUGAUUGGUUAGUUAUAAUUAGACAAGCUAAAACACAUAGUAAGAAGAAAGUGAAGAAUAAUACUUUCAAACCAUUAAGAGUUAGAACUACUACUUCAACUAAGGAAGUUGAUUUAGAAUAUGAAGAUUUACAAGAAUAUUUAGAAGCAGAGAUUGAAGAACGAAAGGUAUUGUUUGAAUCAAACCAAUCUGAAUCAAAUGAACAAAGACUCAAUGCCAGUACCAGUAAUAAUAAUAAUGGAGAAUUAAAUGAUAUGCAUAAAGCAGAAGAUCUCGGACCAUCAUAUUCAAUGGAAAUAGAUCAACGAGCCAUUGUUGUCCCUAAUGAUGCUCCUAGGGGACGUAAGAAUAAUAAACGUGAGAAAUGGGAAUUAGAGAAUGAUUCUAAAAUUGCCUCUGCUGGGUUCUUAAAGGAUAUCUCAGCAUCGCCAGUUAUAACAGUUGAUGUUCGAGAUGAAGUCUUGGAUAUGAUCGCCAUUACAUCGAUUCAACAACAAGAAGAAUGGGUUAGGAAAGUUGUCUAUUCGACUAAUAAUUUACCGAAGAGUUUUGCUAUGAAUAUUUAUAAUACCUUAAUGAAAGAGAGUGCCAAAGGACAAAAAUUUGCUGUAUUAUAUUCACCAAAGAGUGAAAAAACGGCCUUAAUAGAUUUACAAAGAUGACGAACCGACAUAUGUAUAUAUAAAUAGAAACAUAGUACGGAAAAUAAUAAUAAUAAUAAUAUAAUAGUACGAUAAAUAAUUUAAUUACUCUAUUAAAAAACCAAAUGUAAACGAGAAAGGGGAGGAAAGGAUUAUUAAAAGCAAAAGAAAUGAAAAACAAAAACUAUAUGCAUAUAUAAAAAUAUAUAAUAAAAUGUCAAAGUAUGGGAAAAGACAAACUAACGAGCAAUUAAAAAGAUGUAAAAUUUUAUAAAAUCUGGUAUUAAUAAAAGUAUAGUAUAGUUAUGAGGGA